AUGAGAAAGUCGCAAGAAAAAACGCUCGCGUUUAGAGAAGUCAGUGAGAAAACUUUGUUUGACAUAUCUGCAUGCAAGUGUGGUGAAGAUUUUGAUAAUUGUUUUUGUAAAAACAAAGUGCCUAAAAGAGAAAGAGAUUUUUUAACCGACCAAAGAACAGUGCGUAAGAUGAUAAUUGGCAAUACAGAUAAAAAAAUUAGUCAAAGUCUACAGAAAAGUCUGGCGAGAAAAGCCAAAGAAGAAGCCAGAUUGUCGAAGAUUGAAGGUCCUUGUGCAAAAAAACAGAAAUGUGACAACCUGGCUUUCGAUGAAGUUGAAGAAGUUGAAGAAAUAAAACAAAUCAAUUUUCCACCUGACUCUUCAGAAGAGUAUAAACCAUCCACACCAAGCCAGCUUAGAAGACCUUCUCCAUCAAAUUUUAGAAAAAGUGUUAAAUUGCCUAACUUAGCCCAAGCGUGUGAUCGAACUGGAAUAUCCGAUCGAUCGGCUUCACUGCUAGUCAACGCUGUUCUCCAAGAUUUGCAAAUAAUAACAAAAACAAAUUCAUCUCAAAUAGUGGAUAGAAGUAAAA